UGUCGGUGCCUGCCCAUGCCUUCCUGCACCCACGCCAGAAUUCCACCGGCCGCCAGCCCAGAGGAAACGCAGCAGCGCUUCGAGAUACGCCACCAACCAAAGGCGCAGGCAAACCCCCUUCGGUUCCCACCAACCACCGCGGCGACGCCGGGCUCCCCGAUGGCGACGGCGAUGUCAGUGUCGGGAGUGGCCCCGGGGGCCGCGGCCGUCGCGCGGCCGCGGACGCUCGUCUGCGUGCCGGCGACGGCGCGGGCGCCCCGGGAGAUGGCGGCGGAGCUGGCCGCCGCCGCCGCGCUCGGCGCCGACGUGGCCGAGCUCCGGCUCGACCGCCUCGCACGGUUCGCGCCGCGACGGGACCUGCCCGUCCUCCUCGCCGAGCCCCGCCAGCUCCCCGCCCUCGUCACCUACAGGCCGAAGUGGGAAGGAGGUGAGUAUGAAGGCGAUGAUGAACCGCGGUUCGAGGCGCUCAUGUUGGCAAUGGAGCUGGGAGCUGAGUACGUUGAUAUUGAGCUCAAGGUUGCCGAUAAAUUUAUGAAACUUGUCUCUGGGAAGAAACCUGAAAAUUGUAAGCUCAUCGUUUCAUCUCAUAACUUUGAGAACACUCCAUCGACAGAGGUGCUUGGAAAUUUAGUGGCUCAAAUACAAGCAACAGGGGCGGACAUAGUGAAAAUUGUAACAACUGCUACUGAAAUUGUUGAUGUGGCAAGAAUGUUUCAAAUACUUGUACAUUGCCAGGAAAAGAAGGUGCCGAUCAUUGGGCUGGUAAUGAAUGACAGAGGUUUUAUUUCUCGGAUUCUUUGCCCAAAAUAUGGCGGGUACCUUACUUUUGGGUCUCUAGAAAAAGGAAAAGAAUCCACACCUGCACAGCCAACAGCUGCAGACUUGAUAAAUCUGUACAAUAUUAGGCAGAUAGGCCCAAAUACCAAGGUCUUUGGUAUUAUUGGAAAGCCAGUUGGGCACAGUAAAAGCCCAAUUUUGCAUAAUGAAGCUUUCAGAUCAGUUGGUUUCAAUGCUGUGUAUGUGCCGUUUUUGGUGGAUGACUUGGCUAAAUUUCUUAGUGCCUACUCGUCACCAGACUUCGCUGGUUUCAGUUGCACAAUUCCCCAUAAGGAAGCUGCAGUUAGGUGCUGUGAUGAAGUCGACCCUAUUGCCAGGGACAUUGGAGCUGUUAAUACAAUUGUUAGAAGGCCUGAUGGAAAACUUGUAGGCUACAAUACUGACUAUGUUGGUGCUAUUUCUGCUAUUGAGGAUGGAAUAAGAGCAUCGGCUGCAUCGCAACCAACAGAUCUGACCACUUCUCCACUGGCUGGAAGGCUUUUCGUUGUUAUUGGGGCUGGUGGCGCAGGGAAAGCACUAGCAUAUGGUGCAAAAGAAAAGGGAGCAAGAGUUGUAAUUGCAAACCGUACUUUUGCGCGUGCUCAAGAACUUGCCAACUUGAUUGGCGGGCCUGCUUUGACUCUGGUGGAUUUGGAAAACUACCAUCCGGAGGAAGGGAUGAUUCUUGCAAAUACAACAGCCAUUGGAAUGCAUCCAAAUGUCAAUGAAACUCCUUUAUCUAAGCAAGCACUUAAAUCCUAUGCUGUUGUCUUUGAUGCGGUCUACACACCAAAAGAGACCAGACUACUCCGAGAAGCUGCAGAAUGUGGAGCUACAGUUGUUAGCGGUCUGGAGAUGUUUAUAAGACAAGCAAUGGGUCAAUUUGAGCAUUUCAUGGGCAUGCCAGCUCCAGAUAGGUUGAUGCGUGAUAUUGUUCUGACAAAGACAUAGUAAGGUGCAGAUAUAGGUUUCAUCUCACUACGUUUCUCCUAUUGCUUGCCAUGAUUCAGUGUCGUGACAUUUGCAUUUUCCCAAAAUUUCCAAUUUGCUCAUUGUUCAGUAGAGAAUCAUAGAUUGACAUGAUUUUUUUUCUGUCAUCAAGGUUGAAGAACCUGUUUAAUCUUUGGAUGGGUGCAAGCGGUGCUACCUUUUGAGUUUCAGCUCCAUACAUGUUUAUAUGAAAUUUGCUUGGCCAUAAUAUGUACAGUUCUACCGGUCCCCAUUGGCAGCAAUUGAAUAACUUUUCUUAUUUUCAGUAAAUGACGAUAAAUUUCGAGGAAUUGCAAAUUCGUUGGACAACCCAACCCUAACAUCAUGAAGCCUCGUCUUUGAGCGAUUCAUCCAUGCCUGCGGCUUUCCACUUUUUUUUUUCCCUUUCAGAUUUGGAUUGAGCGAUCAGUUUGCUAUUCAGCCGUUGUAAAUGAGAUUGUGUCGACUGAAACAUUUUAGUGUAUGUUAUUUGUAUUAGUCCAAAAUUUUCCUCUCCCAAUUGUGUACAUCAAAGAACAGUAAGGAAGCUUGCAUGGGAUUUUGUAGUAAAAAUAUGCUGUUGUGGAUCAA